AUGUCUGCCCUCGAGCGUGACGAUUCCGUCUCACCAACGACGAGCCCUAUGACUCUCGGCCCAGAAACGGAGCGCUUCAAUACCCGACCGACCGUCCUACGUGCCUCCAGCGGGCCGGCCCCAACCACAAAAGCACUAUCGAGCGGGUUCCUCGGUUACGAUACCUCUGUCCCCGAGUCACCCGUAGAGAAUGGGUUGCCAGAGGCCCCUGACUAUUUGAAUGGAGGGCUGCCGCACAAGAACCCGUCGCCGGCUGCAACAUCGCAACCGGCCUCUCCAAGGCGACACCUGGUUGCCCAAGGAUCUGGUUAUAGUGAUGUCAGUCCGGCUGAUUUUGUCUCACCCUCGCGUCGAAGUGUCCAGUUCGCCAGAGCUGAUGUCGUCUUUGAUGCGCCCUCACCUCCCUAUGCGCACACAAGACACGAUUCGUGGGAUGGUGCUGAUGGAUCUGGGAAGUCUCGUGGGGAGAGGCUCAUGUCCAAGCUGAAGUACUUGGCUGCCACGGGAGUAACGCAGACUAUAAGAUCACCAGCGCCCUCGGAGCAUGUCGUUCCUUCUAGUAGUAGCUCGCCCGUCCUUGCCAGACCAUCCCGAGUACCUGAUACGUUGAACGAAGAAGGCAGUGAUGCGGACGUGGAGGAGAGUGGUGAUGAAGAUGGACCACGGCUAACCCCCAAACCCAGCAAGAGAAAGAGGAUGCGACGGCGGCUGAAGAACCUGGAUCUGAUGACGGCCCCCAGCACACCGAGGAUAAACGGCGAAGACUCGCCCGCUCCCGGCCAGGGUCGUUUUAGAACGAUGGUUAGACGUUCUACCAUGCCCGAUUCUACAGAGCGCCGUGGCGGACUUUCUGAGGGUGAAGGUCGUGAUCACUUAACGGGUGGGCGACGAGGGUGGACGCGUGGGAGCUCCUGGAUGACGGGCAGCAGAGAUGACUUGGAAAGUCCCAGCCGGAUGCCUGGACACCGACGUCGAAUAUCGGACAUGUUCGGCAGCGGCGGAGUUUCUGAUGGUGAGGCAUUGGCCACUCCUAGAAGGCCAAUAUUCGGCACGGACAGGGCUACUACCUUUGGCGUGCAACGGUGGAAACAAGUCAAAAACACGUUGAAAAUGUUGGGCAAGAAGAGAACCGAACAAUUUGACAUGCGCAAAUCGGCAGAACUCAUGGCUGAGCUGCGAGCCGUCACGCCUGCUGUAGUAAUGCUCGCCAGUAUGCUGCAAAGAGACGAGCACGGCAACAGACGCAUACCAGUUCUACUCGAGCAGCUCAAGUUACGAAUUAUCGACAGUCAACCGAGCAAGGGCGACAACGAAGAAGGUCAGAGUGACCGACAUUACCUGUUUACCAUCGCACUGGAAUAUGGAAGCGGACCCAGUCGUAUGACUUGGACAAUACAAAGAUCCAUCCGAGAUAUUGCUGCCCUUCACGGUCGCUAUAAACUCUCAAACGUCAAUAAUAACCCUCAAGUGAUCCCGAACCUGCGAAGCCGAACGAAGCAGCCUGCCUUCCCAAGCAGCGUCUUCCCAUGGCUGCGAAGUCUUCGAGGGGGGGAGGUGUCUGAGGACGAGGAGAAAGCUCCUGAAGCUGCAGAACCUCUGGCGGAUGAGACGGCCGCCGAGGCUACUGCUGGUGAGAUGACGGCUGCGGAAGGCACGGCGAGUGAAAUGGAUAGGCCAUCUGGGCGUCCCUCCAACGCAAAAAGGAAGAGGUCCCGGAUCCACCUGCUCGGGGUGCGACGCCAGUCGUCAGGCCUCGGUGAGAUCGGCGAGGGGUCCAAUUUGAACCCUCAGAAAUCUGCUGUGGAGGCCGCUCUGAUGAGGCGAAAAUUUGUCGAGAAGCAAAGAAGAGUGGUGGAAAAAUACCUGCAGGACAUGAUACACUGGCUCAUGUUUCGUCCUGACAGCAACCGGCUCUGCAAAUUCCUGGAACUCUCUGCACUUGGCGUACGUCUUGCCGCUGAAGGGAACUAUCACGGCAAAGAAUGCUUUCUGCACUUGGGCCCUACCAAAGGCAUCGAUUUCAGACGUGUGCUUACCCCAGCGAAAUUCGUUGCCCGCCACACAAAAAAGUGGUUCUUAGUGCGACAGAACUACAUUGUGGUGUGUGAAUCUCCCUCGACCAUGAACAUCUACGAUGUCUAUCUCGUCGACCCCAAGUUCCACAUUGUGUCUAAGGGGAACAAGCUGAAGCAACUUGGCGCCAAGGCCAAGGCCAAGGGUAAAAGCAAGGGGAAGGGGAAAGGGAAAGGGAAGGGAGGUGUCGCCGACGACGACGACGACGACGACGAUGACGAGGACGAGGAGGAAGAACCCGCGGGGACGCACCACAGCCUCAAGAUAUACACCUCGGAGCGCAAGGUCAAAGUUUGGGCUUACAACCAGCACAUAAUUCACCAAUUUGAGCAGUCCGUCACUGAGAUGCUGAAACAAACCACAUGGGCGGAACCACACAGAUUCGACAGCUUCGCCCCCGUAAGAAGCAAUGCCUUUGCUCGAUGGCUGGUGGACGGUCGUGACUACAUGUGGAACGUGUCUCGCGCCAUCAGCAUGGCACAAGAUGUCAUCUACAUACAUGACUGGUGGCUUAGCCCGGAGCUUUAUAUGCGACGACCACCAGCGAUUAGUGGGAAAUGGCGACUCGAUCGACUCCUUCAGAGAAAAGCCAGAGAAGGCGUCAAAGUGUUCGUCAUCGUCUACAGAAACGUGGAGCAGGCCAUACCGAUCGACUCUGAGUACACCAAGUUCUCGCUGUUGAACUUACACCCGAAUAUCAUGGUUCAAAGGUCGCCAAACCAGCUGAAGAAGAACCAGUUCUUUUACGCCCACCACGAAAAGAUCUGUGUCGUCGAUCACGACAUAGCUUUCGUUGGUGGCAUUGAUCUAUGCUUCGGCCGGUGGGACAACCCGCAGCAUCCUUUGACGGAUGACCGGCCCACUGGGUACGAACCCGGAGGCGAAACACCGAAAGAUGCAGAGCACUGUCAGCUCUUUCCGGGGAAGGACUACUCAAACCCCCGCGUGUUGGAUUUCUUUAAGCUCGACGAGCCUUACGAGGAAAUGUACAACAGAAGCAAGGUUCCGAGAAUGCCGUGGCAUGAUGUCGCGAUGCAGGUUGUUGGCCAGCCUGCCAGAGAUUUAACCCGUCAUUUCGUGCAACGGUGGAACUACUUGCGACGAGAACGCAAGCCCACCCGUCCCAUGCCAUUCCUGCUUCCUCCUCCCGAUGCCAGCCCUGCUGAUCUAGAAGAGCUUGGGCUCACGGGAAGCUGUAAUGUACAGAUCUUGCGUUCAGCUGGGGAUUGGUCGCUUGGCUUCCCAAAGGAUGUGUUGGAAAUGAGCAUCCAGUCUGCCUAUAUCAAGCUCAUCGAAGAGUCGGAGCAUUUUGUGUACAUGGAAAAUCAGUUCUUCAUCACGAGUACCGAAACUAUGAACACCAAAGUCAUUAACCGGAUUGGUGACGCCCUCGUGGAACGCAUCAUUCGGGCCGCCGCAAAUGACGAGGAGUGGCGGUGUUGUAUUCUGAUUCCUCUCAUGCCGGGGUUCCAAAACACUGUUGAUCAGGAUUCUGGCAGUAGCGUCCGACUUAUUAUGCAGUUCCAGUACCGCAGUAUCUGCCGCGGGCCAGACUCCAUCUUCGGACGUCUGCGUGCGGCUCAGAUCGAACCAGAAGAUUACAUAUCAUUCUUCAGCUUGAGGCAGUGGGGAAAGAUCGGGCCGAACAAUAAUCUCGUGACGGAGCAGCUCUACAUUCACGCCAAGACUAUCAUUGUAGAUGACCGAGUUGCGCUGAUCGGAUCUGCCAAUAUCAACGAACGAUCCAUGAACGGCAACAGAGACUCGGAAUGUGCCGCUAUCGUCAGCGACACAGACAUGAUCCAGUCGACCAUGGGGGGCGAGCCUUACCAGGUCGGUCGCUUCGCCCACACACUCCGUAUGCGUCUCAUGCGCGAACAUCUUGGCUUGGAUGUAGACGCGAUCCUUGAGGAAGAAACCAGGGAUUCAGCUGAUGCCGAGGCCCAAUACGAGGAAGAAAUGAGCCAAAUUUACGGCGACGAACACGACCUUGCAGAAGCCGGUCCAAGCUCCCUUCAACGCCCCCAGAUUCCCCACGGCUCCAGCUUCAACCACGACACCAAUGCUACCCAUGACCCCGGCUUCACUUCCUCGUCCUCUUCUUCCUCAUCAUCUGCAAACUCGUCCAAAGGCAAAUCAGCAGGAAGGGGUAGUAGAAAGAGCAACAACAAGAAGCACAACGCCGAUGUCGAAGGAUACGGCCCAGAUAACUGGAGAUCUGCGCAUGAAAGUGGUCUCGACAGAGGUAGAGAUACCGUGAUCAUCAAUGGGCGUGAAACCCUUAUUGCACCACUACCCGGUGAGGUUUCGAAGCCAGCCAGUCAUGGUUCGGGGUGGUCUGGUAAGGAAGGUUUGGAGCAGGAGCUGACCACGAGCAAUGACAAACUGCCCCCGCAGGGCCCGUUCCAGCGACAGACUACAUCUCAGCUUGGACUUCCUCCCCUGACGCAAGUUCCAGAUCUGCCAGUCUCUGACGAUACCGAUAUUGGCGGACCACCUCUGCGUCUCGACGAAUCCGGUCAUAAGGCGGCUGAGCAAGUGCAUCCCUUGGCUGCCGAUAUUCAACUUGCAAGUAUCGACAAAGAUUGCAUGCGUGAUCCGGUGAAUCCAGCGUUCUGGGAUGAAAUUUGGUCCAGGGUUGCGGCCAACAACACGAAACUUUACCGCCGCGUCUUCCGCUGCAUGCCAGAUAGUGAGGUCUUAACCUGGUCAGACUAUACGCAAUAUAUGGAAUACUCAAACAGGUUCCAUGAAAACAUGACAGGCCAGAAGAAAUACGAUGAGCAUGAGGUCAAGCCACCCAACGGCCAGCCUGGCGGGGCUGGCGGAGCCGGUGCCGGAAUUGCGGCUCCAUCAUCAGUACAAGAGUCUUCUGGUCUGUUGGAGAAGGUACAGUCGACACUCAGCCCUGACACAAACCCGACCGUGGUCGUCUCUCAUGGGGACGGACCUAUGGACGAGAAGAACACCACCCCUGAAACCCCUCAGAAGCCGAAUCUGCACCUCGACACCGAAAAGGUGGCCAACCACCGACCUGCUGACGCUCCAUCGCCGGUCCAACCAGCGGGCGAUAUUCCCUUCCCUGCGUUUGAUGGUCAAGCCGACACUCAGCUUUUGGAACCAACGAGCACGCAAAAUCACAAUACACGUGACCGACGUACAACCUUCUCGUCGGUGGACAAACCGACAUCAUCACAAGGUGGUGCCUCUUCGUCGACCAUCUACAAUACAGGAUCGACGCGUCGACGGCGCCGUGCAACUACUAAAGGUAGUCGGCGUGGUGCCAUCUUCCCUUAUGAUGUGCUCGGCCGCGAGGAAGCCGAAGAACUGUGUGGCUUGAUCCAAGGUCAUCUGGUGCAAUUCUCCUACGACUGGCUCGAGGCCGAGGAGAAGGACAACCAUUGGCUAUAUCAGACGGACUUGAUGGCGCCAAAGGAAAUCUAUGACUAG